UAACAAUAAAUUGUUCCAUUUUCAUAUUUAAGGCUUAAAGUUGGAUGUAACACAAGGUUUAUUUGUUGUAUAUUUCAGUAUGUUGUAGUCACAGUAUGCCUCAAAGCUGGGUUAGAAACAAGUGCUUGGACUUGGUUAACACAUUUAGCCAUUUGGGGCAGUAUUGGAAGCUGGUUCCUGUUUUUGAUAGUGUAUAGCCAUGUGUACCCAACCAUAAACCUGGCACCAGAAAUGGUUGGCAUGGAUCGUUAUGUUCUUGGUUGUUCUGUAUUUUGGAUGGGUUUACUUCUUAUACCAUUUACCUGCCUCAUCAGGGACUUAGCAUGGAAAGUAUUGAGACGUACCAUGUUUAAGACAUUGAGAGAGAAGGUACAAGAAGCAGAGAUCGCUCAUGUUGACCCUACCACCAUAGUGCUUAGAUCUACUAAAAAAAAAUUAACGGAAACAGCACGGUUGUUACGCAAUGUGUUCUCCCGUUCAAUGAACAGGGUACCAGCCGGAGACCAACCGCGUGGUUAUAUUGAGGAAAUUCCUUGUGAUGGGUUUGCAUUCUCACAAGAGGAGCAUGGUUCUAUUGCUCAGGCUGAAUUAAUCAGAGUGUAUGACACAACAAAGGAGAAACCAUCGGGACACUAAAAUCAAGGGAGACAACUGUUUAUGUAAAAGUGACAAGAGUUAUGGCCAUAGUGAUGUGUGUCAUUAUGAUAUUACACUAGACUGAAUACUUUACACUAAGAAGUUAUAAGCAGGGCUAAGUGUUCUAUCAAAGACAGACUCAGUAUACAGUUUUGUUGUAAAGAAUGGUAAAAAAAUCAGAUAGGGGAAACAAUCAGAGAGCAUGAAUGAAUGUUAUAACAUUUUAAGGUCAAAGAUCAUAGGAACAAUUUUAAAUUGAAGUUCAUGGUGACAUUUUUAAGGUGUUUAUUUCCUAUGUGUUCUUAAUAACCGGAAAAAAUUUAUAUAGCAGUCAUAGUUUACCACACAGACAAAAUGCAGAGUAUCAUCCCCUUUUAAGUUGAAAGCAGUUAUACUAAGGUCAAGGUUUUUUAAUGUCAAGAUCAAAGUUAGAGUCAUUUUUAAGAGACCUUUGAAUAUGGAGAUAUAUGUUUUUUGGAGGAUGAACUAAAUUGUGUUUAUUAUUUCCAGUGAAUAUUUUAUAUAUCAAGUAUUGUAAAAUAUGAAAAGCAAUGACAUACCUGUUAAUACAAAUUCACCAUUUAGAAUUUUAAAGACCUUUAGAAUACCAUUAAGAAUUUAAAAGAACAUUGGAAAUGGCGAUAAGUUUUAUAAAAAAUAAAUAUGAAAGUUGUUAAUAGGCAAAUGGAAAUAAUUGUGGCCUUUGAUUAUUUUAGAAAUCAGAUUUUUGCAGUGAUGUUGUUGUAAAGAUAGUUAUGUGUACAGGUUUUGCUAGCUAAUUUUCAUUCCUUUGCAGACAAAGUUGUAAUUUUAUUUAUUGAUAUUGUAACAGAAAAUGUCUGCAUUAUUAAAGUGAAUUGGUCUAUAACAGGAGGUCUGUUAUACAAUAGAUAAUUACGUUGAUAAUAUGUAGUAUCAAAACUAGCAACAAACCAUGAAAAACUUACAUAUGGAUGCUGUUGGCAGGAAUGAGAUACGUAAUCUGAUAUACCAUGCAUUUAUAUAGCAGAUAAUAAAAUAUUCUAGAACAAAAUUGUAUUAUUCACAAUAUAAAUAUUCAUUGAAAAUCACUUUGAGCUUUAUCAAUUUUUUUAAGCAAUAUUUUAUAAGAAAUUUAAAAAAUGAUACAUUUCUAUUGUUUUAAUCAAUAUUUGAAAUACUUAGGGAAAUGUGCCCGUUGUAAACCAGUUCACUUUAAUGUUAUCUUUGAACAGAUUUGAGCAUAGAUAGUUUCUUUAAGUAAGUCACUUGUGUAGUUCUUUUUACAAUAAGUUGUAUACUAACAUAGAGUUACAUAGGUAGUGUCUCCAUUUUUAGAAAGUUUUUUUUUUAUCCUGUUUUUGAAAAUAAACUCUUUACUGGUUCCAAGUUAAAGAAUUUAAGUUAUGUUUUCUUGUUACAUGUAGUUAAAAGUUUGAAAAUUUAAAGGUUGAAAAUAUUUUAAUGUUGAAAUUAUUUGAGACAUGAUUAUUGAGUUGUAUGAAUAUAUGUUAUAGUGUUUAGAUGUGCAAUACACAGUUAUGUUGAACUGUGCAAUAUAUUUUAUGGGUUGUAAUUUUCUGUCUCUUUGCUCUGAUGUGGUUAGUACUAUCAAAUUUUAAAUGUUUGACAUAAACUCAUUAUAGAGCAUGUUAGAUGCUUAUCACCUGAGGAAAGUAGUGCUGAAACUGGAAUAAUUUGCCAUUAAAGUAGGAAAAUGUAAACAAAAUAGUAGUAUUUUGACUUCCAUACAAAAUAGUCAAGCACUCAAUCUGUACUACUUGCCAAACAGCAACAGAAGCAAAUUGUUGUUCAGGUAAUUGGCAAAUAAGUGACCUUUUGGAAACUGUAACAAAACACCAACAAUAAAAAAAGCUUUUAAGAAUUAAGAAUAAAAACUUUGCUGAGGGAUAAUGGACUUUUAAAGCAUGGAAUACAUUUGUUGAGCUAGAAAUAUCUCUUUGUUAGAAUUGAGAUGAUUUUUUUAAAUUUUUUUAAUCUCAGAGAAAAAUCGACUAUAUCCAUAUGAAAAUUAUUUUAACUGAAGUGUUUUUAUGCUUUGCAUGAGAUUAUAAUAUUUUUGUUUCAGUCUGACUUAAACCUAUGUGUUGUGAUGGAUUUUUAAA